UGCAAGUCCACACGACUGCUUUCUGUGGAGUGUUUACUAGAGCACUUUAUUGAUUUACUAGCCAUUGGUGCUCCAAAUGUUCGCUCUCUCUCUCGAGGUUUAUUUGGUCGAAUGAGGAGUCCAAACCUCAUGCGUCAUUAACAAUAAAUGGCGAAAAAUUGUAGCGGAGCACGCACCGGAACGCUCUCUUGGGAUGGUGAUUGUUUGGAGUCCGAAGGAAUAUGUGAUGAAUACAUCUUACGUCAGAGAUCUGUGGGAAGUCAUCUUUCCAAACCAACACCUUAUUCUACACCGACCCAUAAACUAACGGGACCGGGCAGUUUUAUCAGAGCUGUGUAUUUAAAGCGCAAAGUGGGAGUGAGGCAAACUGACUGAGCAUCAGGACUCCACAGCAAAGACCUGGACCCCAGCUCUGAGUGCAGACAUGACAGACACAAGCUUGCGUAUCAGUGGGGGAGCUGUCAGAUUUGGAGCCACCUAUGGAGGCAACCAUCUGUUCUCCGGAGCUAGGGGCAGUGGAGGUGUGAGCAUGUCACUGUCCCGCUCGCUUGGCAUUGGAAGGGGAGCUGGAGUUGGCCUGGGAGGAGGCCUGGGCACUGGUUUUGGGACUGGAGCUGGUGCAGGAGCAGGGCUAGGCAUUGGUCUUGGAGGAGGUCUUGGCUUGGGUGCAGGAGGAGCCAGAGCAGCAGGGCUUAGGGCUGGCAUAGCCCCACUGAGAGCCCGUCUUGGGGGCAGAGUCUUCAAAAUUGGAGGCUAUGGUUUCAACCCAUCCUUCAUCAGUUCUACCACCACAGUGGAUGCACGCGUUAGUCCAGUGCCCAGCAUCGAUCCAACUCUCCCCUCCCCAGACACAGUGCAGGUCACACGCAUGAAGGAGAAGGAGGAGCUGCAGGCCCUCAAUGACAAAUUUGCAACUUUCAUCGAUAAGGCCCGGUCUCUAGAGCAGCACAACGCAGUACUUAAAGCCAAGAUUUCCAUGUUUACCAACCCAGAGCAGGGCAGACCUGCAAGCUCUUCCAUCCUUCUCACCUCUGCCAUCGGAACAUAUAAAUCCCAUAUUGACAGUCUCACAGCUACUAAAGAGGCCAUCAUUGCUGAGAUAGACCACUAUAAAGGCAUUAUUGAUGAUGUGCAGGCCAGGUAUGAAGAGGAAAUGGCUCAAACCAAAACUCUGGAAAUGGAUUGGACUACACUGAAAGAGGAUGUGGACAGUCUCUACCUUGCCAUCUUUGAAUUUCAAACCAGCAUUGCCGGAUUGGAAGAUCAAAUUGCUCUGUCCAAGCAGGUGUAUGAUGCUAAAGUGAAAGAGGUGAGAACCAUUGUGACUGGUGGAAUGAAGUCAGCAGUCUCCAUUUCCGUAGAUAAUGCAGCCCAGGCACUGGAUCUGACCACAGAGCUAACUGAAGUCAAAGCUCACUAUGAAAUCCUGGCUCAGCGCAGCAAAAAGGACGCCCUCCUCUCAGUGCAAGACAGUCUCUCCAUGAUGUCUGUAUCCACUCAACCCAGUUCUCAGACACUCACGGCAGCCAAGGAGGAGUUGAGAGUUUACAAACUACAGACUGACUCUGUGCAGAGGGAGAUUGAGAGGCUCAAAUCUUUGAACUUGCAAAUGGAGUCUCAGGUGGAUGAGGCAGAGUGCCACUCCAACUGUCACACAGAGACAUACCAGGAACAAGUUCUCACCCUCAAGUCUCAGCUUGAUGAUAUCAGGAAGCAAAUUACUCAUUAUGGUCAAGAAUAUCAGGAACUUCUUGCCAGCAAAAUGUCCCUGGAUGUUGAAAUCACAGCUUAUAAGAAACUCCUGGACAGUGAGGAGAACAGGUUGAAAUCUGGAGGUGGUGUCACCGUGCACAUGUCGAAGACUGCAGUAGGAGGAGGUGCAAGUGGAGGAGGUCUAGGCCUGUCUGCAGGAGGUGCAGGUCUGGGUGGAGGUGCAGGUCUCAGUCUUGGAGGUGGAUUUGGCCUGGUUGGAGGCUUAGGAGAAGGUCUUGGAGGAGUUUUAGGACUGGGACUUGGUGGAGGACUUGGCUUUGGUGCAGGAAGAAGUCCUCCAGCCUGAGCAGCAGUGCUUUGUCUUCUGCUGUUUACUGAAGAUCCACAUUCUGAGUGUCAACGAAUGGGGCAGUGAGGAAGCCAACCACCCCGCUGCAUUGAAAACACCUCCCAUGAGCUCACAGACUUUGACCUCACCCUCACUUCUAUAGAACUGAGGGAAGAAUGAUUUGACCCCAUCUGUAUUCUCUGUGUUCUAUUGUAUUGUCUAAUGAGGCCCCACAUUCUCUCUUCUCAAAUUCUGAGUAAAUGUGAACAUCAGAAGAAUCACAAAAUUGCUCAUUGUUUUUGCAAGGUUUGUUUAUGCAUCACUUCCUUCCAUAAUAAAAAUAAUUCCAACCUGGU